ACGGUUCCGAUUAGACCGACUGGAACCCCAUCGUGGGCAGAUCAGACGACGUCGUUUCGUUUGGAGUUAUUCUCCCAUGUCGUCGAGGUCCCCGGCAUUCCCAAGCCCCACUUUUCCAAUCAACCGCAACAGUGUACCGAAGAACAAAGAAUUGAGGGUUAUAUGAGAUGGGGAAUUGGGAUGGGUUUAUCCAAGACUGCAUCUUUGAUUAACAAUAACAUGAUUAUUAUAGAUUGAUUGGAGUAGAAAACUUGUAAGGGCUUUCCUGCUUCGCGGACAUUUAGCAGCACAAUCACGAUACUGAGAACAACUAUUUGUUCUGCAUUUUUUUGACCAGUCUUGCAGUUCAUUUAUCUGGAGAAAAUAAUUAUAAUCUCAAAUGGAUCAACAAAUUGAAGGAUUACCGGAGUACAUACAUAUUAAUCGAAAUGAUUUCUCUUAUAGAAAACAUAUAAAGCAGCAGGAGGAGGAUAUUGCAAUAUGUGAAUGCAAGUAUGAUGCUAAUGAUCCUGAUAGUGCAUGUGGAGAAGCAUGCUUGAACGUACUAACCAGCACAGAGUGCACACCUGGUUAUUGCCGUUGCGGUUUAUUUUGCAAAAAUCAGAGAUUUCAGAAAUGUGAAUAUGCUAAAACAAAGUUGUUCAGAACGGAAGGUCGUGGAUGGGGUCUUCUAGCUGAUGAAAACAUUAAGGCUGGACGAUUUGUUAUUGAAUACUGUGGAGAAGUAAUAUCAUGGAAAGAAGCAAGGGGAAGGUCCCAAGUUUAUGCAUCUCUAGGUCUCAAGGAUGCAUUUAUAAUUUCUCUUAAUGGUAGUGAAUGUAUUGAUGCCACUAAAAAGGGUAGCCUUGGCAGAUUUAUAAAUCAUUCAUGCCAACCUAAUUGUGAAACAAGGAAGUGGACAGUUUUGGGGGAAGUUAGAGUUGGCAUAUUUGCAAAGCAAGACAUAUCUAUUGGAACAGAACUUGCAUAUGAUUAUAAUUUUGAAUGGUAUGGUGGGGCUAAGGUUCGCUGCCUUUGUGGGGCAAUCAGCUGCUCUGGUUUUCUUGGGGCAAAGUCUCGUGGAUUCCAGGAGGAUACUUAUCUUUGGGAGGAUGGCGAUGACAGAUACUCAGUUGAGAAAAUCCCACUCUAUGAUUCUGCAGAGGAUGAGCCUUCCUCCAAGCUCCCCAGAGUCAUGGAUUACUCUAAACCUGAAUUUAUUUCUCAUGGGAAAGUUGAAUACACCACAGCAGUGGAUGCUAGUGUGGAAUAUGAUACAAGCGUGCGAUACGAGCAUCAAUUGGAAUCCACUGAACUUGUUGUUGAGGCAGUUGAUUCAGUUCCAGUAGACUUGGUCAUAAAUGAGAUAAAAACUGAAGUAAGUGAAGAGACAAAAUUGUUUACCGAUGGUACUCAACAGGCCUUUCCUCAAAAGAAUGCAAUGAUACCUCACAUCCAAAGUAAUAGUGCAAGCCAGAACAAUCACAUUGGGCCAGGGCAUGUGGCAAAAAAGAGAUCGAAACAUUUUCCUAAUGGAAGGUCAAAACCUGUGGCCCAAAAGCAAGUUGAUGCAAAAUUUGUUGCCCAAUUCUUAGGAUCAGAGGAGGCUCGUGAGGAGGUCUUCAAAUAUGAGGAAGAAAAGAAUCAGGCCUCUUCACGUCUUGACUCCAUAUAUGAUGAAAUUCGACCUGCAAUUGAAGAAUAUGAGAGAGAUAGUCAAGAUAGUGUCCCAACUGAGGUAGCUAGGAAGUGGAUAGGGGCCAACUGCAGUAAAAUGAAGGCAGACUUUAAUCUUUACUCCUCUAUCAUCAGAAACAUUGUCUGUAAUCCCCGAAAACCACAAGGUGAAGCAAAAGCUUCUGAAGGAGGAGACAAUGAGAAUGAAACAAAGGAUUUGAUAACCUAACAUGCCUGUAUGGGCUGUAUAGGUGAUUUGAAUUUUUCAUAGCUUGAAGGGAUCCCAAAGUAAGUUAUCCAAACAAGUGAACUGAUCAUUGAUCCAAAAUUCCAUUUUUCUUAGCUAUCUAACUUUUGUAGGUUAGGUUAUUUGCCCAACUCUCAUGUAUAACCAUUGAUACUUGGGGUUUUCAUAAUUCAAAUGUCUUGGUCUGAAAUUGUUUACCUUUUUCUACUAUUUGUGGAACAUUUUGCUUAUACAGAUACAUGUAAGCAGGAAAUGGUUUUACAAUUAUUAUAAUAUAAAGAAGGAAAGUCAGCAUGAUUCCAGCUUGGUGGAAA